UCCAAAAUUAUACAUAAAUCUCUUCCGCUUCUCUUUCUUCAUGCUAUAAUAAAUUUCAUCUAUAGAGCUCGGAGCAGAGGAAAAAUGAAAGCAAUAGAAACGUCUGAUGCAUCACUAAGAGGCCAAGCUGAAAUAUGGCAACACAUGUUCAGCUUUGCAGACUCGAUGGCCUUAAAGUGUGCAGUUGAACUCCGCAUAGCUGACAUUAUUAACUCACACGGCGGCUCUAUCACCUUGUCCCAAAUAGCUUCGUCCAUUGGAUCAUCCUCCCCAAAUAUCUCCUACCUCUCACGCGUCAUGAGACUACUCGUCCGCAGAAAAAUCUUUGCUGCAAAUCAUGACUCCAGGGGUGGAGAAACCCUCUACGGGUUGACCCACUCAUCAAGAUGGCUUUUACGUGACUCUGAGCUAAGUCUUGCACCAAUGAUAUUAAUGGAGAAUCAUCCAUGGCUAAUGGCUCCCUGGCACUGUUUUAGCCAGUGUGUGAAAGAAGGUGGUAUCGCCUUUAAGGUGGCUCAUGGCAAAGAGAUUUGGGACUUUGCGUUACAGAAUCCUGAAUUUAACAAGCUCUUCAACGAUGGUAUGGCAUGUACGACCAAGAUCAUUUCCAGGGCGAUUAUAUCAGGAUACAAAGAUGGGUUUAGUAGCAUUGGAUCGUUGGUGGAUGUAGGAGGUGGAAUCGGAGAAAUGUUAUCUGAAAUUGUGAAAUCGUAUCCACAUAUUAAAGGCAUCAACUUUGAUUUGCCUCAUGUCAUCGCCACAGCACCCAAGUAUGAUGGAAUCUCUCAUGUUGAAGGUGAUAUGUUUAAAGCUGCUCCUCAAGCUGAUGCUGUUAUAAUGAAGUGGAUAUUGCAUGACUGGAGCGAUGAAGACUGUGUGAAGAUUUUAAGAAAUUGUAAAGAAGCAAUUCCAGAAAAAACAGGAAAGGUUAUAAUAGUUGACGUUGUUUUACGACCUGAUGGGAGUGGAAUUUUUGAUGAGACGGGAUUGGUAUUCGAUCUACUGAUGCUUGCACAUACCACUGGCGGAAGGGAAAGGACUGAACAAGAAUGGAAGAAAUUAUUGGAGGAAGGAGGAUUCCCUCGCUACAAUAUCAUUAACAUUCCGGCUUUCCCAUUCAUUAUUGAGGCCUUUCCUCAGUAAUUGCAUUAAUGUCAGUUUAAAAUAUUAUUUUUAGGUUUUGAAGUGGGCUUCUCUUAAUUUUUAGUUUUCUACGUCGUUGCGUGAUCAUACAAUAAAAAAUCGAAUGACCCAAA